AUGUCCACCAUCCACCCCGUUCCACCAAACUACCCUCCCGAAAUCACCGGCUACGCCGAGCCCUGGAUCGUCAAUCCAGGAGAUCAAGUCGCCAUCAAAAUCUCCUGCACCGAGCCCGAAUACAAGUCCCGCACCGUCCAUGUUCUCCAAGGCUACGAAGGCGAGAAUAGUCCGCCCCGAGUCGUCAAGGAAAUUUCAGAAAUCCCUUCAGAAAUUCGGCCUGGGAGAUUUCAGUUGGCGAAUCCAGGCUCGUGGGCCGAAUUACCGCCUUUGCUCUUUGGUGAAAGUGAUCCGGAGGGGAUUCGAGUUGCGUUUUAUGCGCAGCCUUGGUUGGUUGCUUGUGAGCAUGUGCAGACUUUUGUUUCGACGCUUGAUACGGUUUCUUGUAUGGGUUUUGCCGUCGUUUUGGGUACUGAUGGGGCAUUUCAGGUUUGGAUGGGAACGGGAGAGAAGGUUGAGGUGUUGAAGACGGAAUUCAUUGCUGAGAAACUUCGCUGGAUUGGAGUUGUUCUCGAGGUCGAGGAUCGUACUGUGCGUCUUCAAGUCACAGAGUUAGAGGAUGGACUCGUGCCUCCUGGCCGUAUACUGGAUCAGACUUUUGAGCUCGAUUUCUCUGCGAAAGUGCGCGAUUUCACAACGGAAUUGCUCCUGGCUGCUUCACGUGCUGUGUCUUCUUCGACCACAGUCACCACCACCAACUCUGAAGAAGAAAAAGGUCUUCACGCAAACCACUUCAACGGUCGUCUCGAAGCCGUCAAAUUUGAAACCUUCGGAACACCAGCACCUCGUACAUUAGCACAUUAUGAUUUCUCGCGCGACAUUUCCAGCGACACAAUCAUCGACAUUUCCGCUCACGAACGGCACGGUAGACUCCUCAAUGCGCCUACACGAGCAGUCAAAGGUUACAAUUGGCCUGGCACAGAAGUCGACUGGACGAAAAAUAGUCAACACUAUGGCGCUAUUCAUUUCCAUGAUGAUGAUCUCGACGAUGCGAAGUGGCAGACGGAUUUUACGAUUACUGUUCCUGUUACGGCUAGAUCUGGUGUUUAUGCUGUUGAGAUUGAAAGCACUUCUGGCAAGGCUAAGGAUAUGAUUCCGUUCUUUGUGAGGCCGUCGGAUGUUGAUGAUGCUCUUCCUUCGCAUCAGCCCAAGGUGGCGUUGGUAGCAUCUACUUUUACAUAUCUUGCUUACGCCAACGAACACAUGUGGGACCCCAACUCCCCCGCGCGCGCCGAAGUCCCCGACGAUUUCGGAUCCUUUGAAUUCCACCGCGACGAAGAUUUCGGCAAACUCGUCCGCCGCAGCGAUCUGGGUCUCUCGUGCUACGACGUGCACAGCGACGGCAGCGGUGUAAUUUUUUCCUCGAGCAAACGCCCUCUGCUGAACCAUCGACCCGGAUAUAUCAAUUGGACGGGCCAUCGACCCCGAGAAAUUUCUGCAGAACUGCUCAUGGUGGGGUUUUUGGAUCGCUUGGGGAUUAUGUGUGAUGUGCUUACGGAUCAUGAUUUGCAUUUUCGAGGAGUGGCUGCUUUGCGGAGAUAUCAAGUUGUGGUGACGGGUUGUCAUCCGGAAUAUCCUACGCUGCAAUCGUAUACGGCGUAUGAAGAAUUUCUUCGCCAAGGUGGUAAACUCAUGUAUUUGGGAGGGAAUGGCUUUUACUGGUCGAGUGCGCUGCACCCGACUCUCAAUCCGCAUCGAUUGGAAGUCCGACGAGGUGGACAAGGCGUGAGAACUUCCCACCAGCAACCUGGUGAACGACAUUUUUCUAAUGAUGGCUUGGUCGGUGGUUUGUGGAGAGAUCGAGGCAAAGCUGCAAACUAUCUCGUGGGAAUUGGAUGUUGUGGCGAAGGAGCUGGUCCGGGUGUACCUUAUCGCAUGUCACCCACUCUACCUCAGGAAUUCCCUCUACUUUACGCAAACAUUUUUGCGGGCGUCUUCCACCCGAUGGAUAAUGACAACAACAAGAAUGAUGCAGAUGCAGAUGCACAGAAGAAUCUCUUCACCUUCGGUCACAAUGCCCUAGGCGGAUUCGGAGGCGGUGCAUCCGCAGAUGAAAUCGAUCGAGCAGACGUCCAAUAUGGUUCUCCGCGCCAUUUGGUCGUCUUGGCGAGUUCGACAGGCCAUUCCGAUCGCUUUGGCCUAUUUCCCGAAGAUGUGCAUUUCCCCAUGAUGAAGACGUUGGGCACGCAGACAGAUUUGAUCCGGUCGGAUAUGACUUUUCAUGAGACGGCGGGUGGAGGAGCGGUGUUUUCGGUGGGGAGUAUCAGUUGGUAUGUGGCGUUGGGGUGGCAGGAUUAUGAUAAUGAUGUGGCGAGGAUUACGGCGAAUGUGUUGAGGAUGUUUUUGGGGGGUGAUGGUGGUGGUGGUGGUGUGAGUAAGCUGUAA